GGCUAUCUUACUACUAUGACGUCAUCGUAACCUAAACCAUUCUGAAAAUAUCGACUAGUAAGACUGCCCGUUGCCUUGGAAAUAUACCGUAAAGACGGAAGAGUUAACACUGACGUUUAACAGAAAAAUUGCGGUUUGAAAUUUAAUCUGUAAAAAUGGCACAAGAAGUCGAGGAAACCAUGAAGCGUAUUCAAUCCCACAAGGGAGUGGUUGGAACGAUUGUAGUCAACUCUGAAGGAAUUCCAAUAAAAUCGACGUUAGACAACACGACAACAAUUCAAUAUGCAGGGCUGAUUAGUCAGCUAUCCGACAAAGCUCGUUCAGUGGUACGGGAUCUGGAUCCCACUAAUGAUCUCACUUUCUUGCGAAUCCGAAGCAAGAAGCAUGAGGUGAUGGUCGCCCCGGAUAAAGAAUUUAUACUUAUAGUUGUGCAAAAUCCUGUCGAUUGACAGAAUAAAUUAUUUUUGCAUUCUUUUUGCGCCUUGCAUGCAAUUUUGUAAUACAUAAUUUAUAUGAGCAACGCUGCUCUAAUUAGAUACUAAAAGUUAAUUUAACUGAGCACGCUGCUAAAAAUUUAAUACCGUUCUUCUCGUCAUCUCACAUUCUCUAGUGCUCUUGUCAAACUGUUGGCACAAUUUUAAAUAAUUUAUAUACAUUAAUUGUCCAUUAUGUAUUGUUUAUAAUUUAUUUCAAUGUAAGAAAAUGUUGGUGAAUUUAAAAUUGUUGAGUGUAUGUCGACGAUAUUUGAUAUAAAUAAAGUUUAUUAUAAAUA